CCUGGCGGGAGCGGGCAGCGGAGCGGCGUGGCGCAAUGCCCACCAACUUCACCGUGGUGCCGGUGGAGGCGCGCGCCGACGGCGGCGGGGAGGAGGCGGUCGAGCGCACGGAGGCACCGGGUCCUCCCGAGAGCGCCGAGCCCGACGGCCCCAGCCCGGGAAAUGGAGAUCCUAGAGAGAACAGCCCGUUCAUCAACAAUGUGGAAGUGGAAAAAGAGAGUUACUUUGAAGGAAAGAACAUGGCGCUUUUUGAGGAGGAAAUGGACAGCAACCCCAUGGUGUCCUCACUGCUGAACAAGCUGGCCACCUACACCAACCUGAGCCAGGGCGUGGUGGAGCACGAGGAAGAUGAGGACUUCCGCCGGCGGGAGAUCAAGGCUCCGCGCAUGGGCACCUUCAUCGGUGUGUACCUGCCCUGUCUGCAGAACAUCCUGGGUGUGAUUCUCUUCCUGCGGCUGACGUGGAUCGUGGGGGCCGCCGGUGUCCUGGAGUCCUUCCUCAUUGUUUCCAUGUGCUGUACCUGCACGAUGCUGACCGCCAUCUCCAUGAGCGCCAUUGCUACCAACGGUGUGGUCCCAGCGGGAGGCUCGUAUUACAUGAUAUCCCGGUCUCUGGGGCCUGAGUUUGGAGGGGCUGUUGGCCUCUGCUUCUAUUUGGGCACGACGUUUGCGGGGGCCAUGUACAUCCUGGGGACCAUCGAGAUCUUCUUGACCUACAUCUCCCCCAGUGCUGCCAUCUUCGAGGCGGAGGAGACAGGCAGCGAGGCAGCUGCGCUGCUGAACAACAUGCGGGUGUAUGGCAGCUGCACGCUGGCCCUCAUGGCUGUGGUGGUCUUUGUGGGUGUGAAGUACGUGAACAAGCUGGCCCUGGUCUUUCUGGCCUGCGUUGUACUCUCCAUCAUGGCCAUCUAUGCUGGUGUCAUCAAGACAGCCUUCGCCCCUCCUGACAUCCCGGUCUGUCUCCUGGGGAACCGCACACUGUCAAAGCGCAGCUUCGACACCUGUGCCAAAGUGCAGAUGGUCAACAACAGCACGGUGACCACUGCGCUCUGGAGACUCUUCUGCAAUGGCUCCAGCCCCAGCACCACCUGCGAUGAGUACUUUGUACAAAAUAAUGUCACAGAGAUCCAGGGCAUCCCUGGUGUGGCCAGUGGUGUCUUCCUGGAUAACCUGUGGGGCAUGUACUCGGACAAGGGGGCCUUCGUGGAGAAGAAGGGUGUGCCCUCUGUGCCAGUGCCUGAGGAGGGCCGGCCUAGCGGGCUGCCAUACGUCCUCACGGACAUCAUGACCUACUUCACCAUGCUGGUCGGCAUCUACUUCCCGUCGGUGACUGGCAUCAUGGCAGGAUCCAACCGAUCUGGGGACCUCAAGGACGCCCAGAAGUCCAUCCCCACAGGGACCAUUAUGGCCAUUGUGACCACGUCUUUCAUUUAUCUCUCCUGCAUUGUGCUUUUUGGAGCCUGCAUUGAGAGUGUGGUCCUGCGAGAUAAGUUUGGGGAGGCUCUGCAGGGGAACUUGGUCAUUGGCAUGCUGGCCUGGCCAUCCCCCUGGGUCAUCGUCAUUGGCUCGUUCUUCUCCACCUGUGGUGCUGGCCUGCAGAGCCUGACCGGGGCACCCCGCCUGCUGCAGGCCAUUGCCCGAGACGGUAUUGUCCCCUUCCUGCAGGUGUUUGGCCACGGGAAGUCCAACGGGGAGCCCACAUGGGCUCUGCUGCUCACUGCCCUCAUCUGCGAGACCGGCAUCCUCAUUGCCUCCCUGGACGCUGUGGCCCCUAUCCUGUCUAUGUUCUUCCUCAUGUGCUACAUGUUUGUGAACCUGGCCUGCGCCGUGCAGACCCUGCUGCGUACGCCCAACUGGCGUCCACGCUUCAAGUUCUACCACUGGACCCUGUCGUUCCUCGGCAUGAGCCUGUGCCUCGCCCUCAUGUUCAUCUGCUCCUGGUACUACGCCCUUUUCGCCAUGCUCAUAGCCGGCUGCUUCUAUAAGUACAUCGAGUACCGAGGGGCCGAGAAGGAGUGGGGCGAUGGCAUCAGAGGACUUUCGCUGAAUGCUGCCCGCUAUGCUUUGCUGCGUGUGGAGCACGGCCCCCCCCACACCAAGAACUGGAGGCCCCAGGUCCUGGUGAUGCUGAACCUGGAUGCUGAGCAGUGUGUGAAGCACCCCCGCCUGCUGUCCUUCACCUCACAGCUGAAGGCCGGUAAGGGCCUGACCAUCGUGGGCUCUGUGCUGGAGGGCACCUACCUGGACAAGCACACAGAGGCGCAGCGGGCUGAGGAGAACAUCCGGUCUCUGAUGGGCGUGGAGAAGACCAAAGGGUUCUGCCAGCUGGUGGUGUCCUCCAGCCUUCGGGAUGGCACGUCCCACUUGAUCCAGUCGGCCGGCCUCGGGGGCAUGAGGCACAACACUGUACUCAUGGCUUGGCCAGAGUCCUGGAAGCAGGCGGACAACCCUUUCUCGUGGAAGAACUUUGUCGACACUGUCCGUGACACCACAGCAGCACACCAGGCCCUGCUGGUGGCCAAAAACAUCGACUUGUUCCCGCAAAACCAGGAGCGCUUCGGCGAUGGGAACAUUGACGUGUGGUGGAUCGUGCACGAUGGGGGCAUGCUUAUGCUGCUGCCCUUCCUGCUGCGCCAGCACAAGGUGUGGCGCAAGUGCCGGAUGCGUAUCUUCACGGUGGCCCAGGUGGACGACAACAGCAUCCAGAUGAAGAAGGACCUGCAGAUGUUCCUGUACCACCUCAGGAUCAGCGCCGAGGUGGAGGUGGUGGAGAUGGUUGAAAAUGACAUUUCUGCGUUCACCUACGAGAAAACACUGAUGAUGGAGCAGAGAUCCCAGAUGCUGAAGCAGAUGCAGCUGUCCAAGAACGAGCGGGAGAGAGAGGCCCAGCUGAUCCAUGACAGGAACACUGCGUCCCACACCACAGCAGCCGCCAGGACCCAAGCCCCAUCAACGCCUGACAAAGUGCAGAUGACCUGGACGAAGGAGAAGCUGAUCGCAGAGAGGCACAGGAGCAAGGACACCAGCACGUCGGGAUUCAAAGACCUCUUCAGCCUGAAGCCAGAAUGGGGAAACCUGGACCAGUCUAACGUCAGAAGGAUGCACACAGCUGUGAAGCUCAACGGCGUCGUCCUCAACAAGUCCCAGGAUGCCCAGCUGGUCCUCCUGAACAUGCCAGGGCCCCCCAAAAACCGGCAGGGCGACGAGAACUACAUGGAAUUUCUCGAGGUCUUGACCGAGGGGCUGAACAGGGUCCUACUGGUCAGAGGUGGUGGCCGGGAGGUCAUCACCAUCUAUUCCUAACUCCUGAGAACACCAGAUGGACCUGGAUGGGGUGAGGACAUGGACAGUGUCAGCAGCCUGGGCCAGGCUCAGACCCACAGGGAUACCACACAGUGAUGACUUCCUACAGAUGUUUUAGACCCACCGUCUCAGCUCCCUCUAAGCAGAAGAUGCUUCAGGCAGCACUGAGUACAUGAGCGUGGGACUGGACGGCUCCUUGGAUUUGUCUGAGGCAGAGCUCAGAGUGCCCAGGGACCUGGAAAUAGCCGGUUCCCCACCGAGGUCAGAGCCAGCCAGCACAGCCCAGGCUCGGCCUCCAGAUUCCAGAUACCCGUCAUGGCUGCAUUGUCCACACUGUGGCCGUGCCAUUUCACUCCUGCCCCAUCCAGAAUACUCGUGAGCAAGCACACGGCCCUUGGGGCUGAAGCCAAACAUUUGCCAUGGCUGUAGGCUCCCUUCGGCCCCUCACUUUCCUCUGUUCCUCUGAGCACCCUCACUUGUGCUUCUGUAUGCUGAACAGAGUGCUGAGGACUGUCCCCCUUCAUUGCCCACCUCAGCAUGACCCUGUCCACACUCCACAGGCAGGGAAAGGGAGCCUGGUGUUUUGGGACUAAGAUGGGUCACUAGUCAGCCAUAUGGUGCCUCAGCUGUGCUCCAGUCUAGAUUCACAUCUGAAGCGGGUCCAGCCACCUCCUCUUGUGGGAACCCAGCCACUUCAUUUCAUAAGCACUGAUGGGCCCCACAGCCCAAGGGCUUCUGGGGGCCUCGUGCAGGUAACUGUACCAAGACCCAGGGUGGGACAGGCAGAGUGUAAACCCAAGACUGCCCCAUGCUGUCCACAACGCACAGCAGGAGCCCUCCAGAGCUCAGUACAGACGUGGCUUGCGUCUGAUUCUACCUGUGUGACAUGUCGGCUCCACUGCUCGCUCUCCAGGAAGGAGAAGGCAGCCUCAGAGACCUGGCACCAUGGUCUGGCCGAGUUCCCCACAUCCCUGCCAGGGGCGUGUGCCUUGCACGGUGGGGCUGCAGGAGCCCACUGUACCUUUCAAGGACCCUUCAGAAGAUUUGCACUUUACCCUCAAGCUUCCUGCUUUGUAGGUCACGUUCUUGCUCACAGGCUGUGGAUCGUAGCAGCAAUUCAUGCCUCGCGUUCUGUUUGGGAUAUUUAUUUAUUUAAACACCCUGAGGCAGUGUGAUAAUUGUGUCGUCCAUAAAGAGAUUGCUUUGUGCAAAGCCCCACUUCACCAGGCUCUUGGCUUUCUCCGGCUUGCAAGGUCCCCAAGGGAAACAGCCCUGUCCACGGAGUUCAGGGCAGAGGCUUCAGAGGGAUGUGGGUGCCGAGAGGGUCAAAGUGACUGCUGCCCAGCAUGGGGCCCUGACAGCACUGUGGGGCCCAGAGUUUCAUGUUCCUGCCCACUUUGGGUCAGCUCUGUAUUAAGCAGCCGACUCACCUGAGUCCCAAGGGCUCUGCCCCAGAGCAGAGCAGGCAGAGCGCCUAGGAAACAGCCCCUGGUGGCAGAGCGGCAUCCAGGUCCCAAACCCUCACAGUAGUUGUCUGGCAAGAGCUGGGGCCCCCCAAGCCUCCCCACCUGUGCCCAGCCUCUCCCUGGCAAACUUCUUGUCCCC